AGAAGAGUAAAACUGCAGAUUAAAGGAUAGGAAUGAACAGGGAAAAGGCUGACGUAAGGUGAUGUGACUAAGGACUGUCGACGCCUGCGCGACACACGCUGGAUGCAGCCCCUUGGAGCAAAUUAGGAAAUCGGACUCCCAUGUAACGUCAUUUUGGGUCCUGGGGACGGCACCCCCGCUUUCAUGUAACGGCCAUUUUGGCUCGGACUGGGAACAGUUUCCAGGGCGAUAGAGAAAAGGAGCGAGGGAGGGGCCUGGUAUUUCUCGAAGUCAGAGGAACAGCCAGUCAAAGCCAGCCAGCCAGCCAGCAUCUGAGGAACUGGAGCAACGGCGGAGCUGCUUGGGAAUACACUGUAAAAUUUAUAUAUAUUUUUUUCCCUAUUCAGUACGAAUGGUAUGUGCAGCGGGGCGAAAAUGAAGGUCUUCCAUUCGGGCUCGGGAUGCUGUAAAUGAAGCAUAUCGCAGCCCGGUCACGUUAGGCUUUUUCUGCUGGGAUAAGGCAUCGGUGGGUGUACGGGGCCGCAAUAACGGCGCCAGCCAACCGGUGACUCCAUCAACGGUUAGCUCGUUUUAAGCCAACCAUUUUGGAGAGAGCCCCGUCAGCUCUGCGCGAUAGGGAGCAGCAUCAUUGUCGGUGCGGGAGUUAUCCGUUCAUGCAACCGUGGUGGAGUCUCGUACUUGGCGGUGAGGUACGAAGCCUAGACAUGCAAAGUGUGCUGUUUUUCUGAAGGAACAUCUCCACGCCCAGCGGUUGCUCUGCAGCUAGCUCGCUGGCUAUAGCCCCCUGUCUAUACAGAGAAACGCUCAGGAGAAGGUGGGGCCGCAGUGGACUGACAGCUAAUGCUGCUAACAGGGUAGCUGGGACUCCCUGGGUGGUUUUUAUCCAGACACUCAGCGACCGUGCAUUCUGGAACUCAAAACAACUCCAUUCAGCUAGGGAAAAAUACAAAAGAACGUUUUAAAUUGUUUUUCUGAAUAAAAGCACUGGUGGAGGGAGAGGAGGAGCAGAGCAUCCUCCUUUACCUGCAUGACCAUGGCGGACGACGACGUGUUAUUCGAGGAUGUCUACGAGCUGUGCGAGGUGAUUGGAAAGGGGCCCUUCAGCGUGGUGCGGCGGUGCAUCAACAGGGACACCGGGCAGCAGUUCGCAGUGAAGAUCGUGGAUGUGGCCAGCUUUACCUCCAGCCCAGGCCUCAGCACUGAAGAUCUAAAGCGAGAGGCCAGCAUCUGCCACAUGCUCAAACACCCACAUAUUGUGGAGUUGCUGGAGACAUACAGUUCUGAUGGAAUGCUCUACAUGGUCUUUGAAUUCAUGGAUGGUGCAGACCUGUGUUUUGAAAUUGUUAAACGAGCCGAUGCUGGCUUUGUGUACAGUGAAGCAGUGGCCAGCCAUUACAUGAGGCAGAUUUUGGAGGCUCUUCGAUACUGCCACGACAACAAUGUGAUUCACCGUGAUGUAAAGCCUCACUGUGUGCUGCUGGCCUCUAAGGAGAACUCUGCUCCUGUCAAACUGGGAGGUUUUGGCGUGGCAAUUCAGUUGGGAGAGUCGGGAUUAGUAGCUGGAGGAAGAGUCGGUACUCCUCAUUUCAUGGCCCCAGAAGUGGUAAAGAGGGAGCCGUACGGCAAACCUGUGGACGUAUGGGGAUGUGGAGUCAUUCUCUUCAUCCUCCUUUCUGGCUGUCUGCCCUUCUAUGGCACCAAGGAUCGUUUGUUUGAGGCCAUAAUUAAGGGAAAAUAUAAGAUGAACCCACGCCAGUGGACCCACAUCUCAGAGAGCGCCAAAGACCUGGUGAGACGCAUGCUGAUGCUGGACCCUGCUGAGAGGAUCACUGUGUAUGAGGCCCUCAAUCACCCCUGGCUGAAGGAGAGGGACAGGUAUGCCUACAAAAUCCACCUCCCGGAAACGGUGGAGCAGCUGAGGAAGUUCAACGCCAGGAGGAAGCUGAAGGGGGCAGUCCUGGCUGCUGUCUCAAGCCACAAGUUUAACUCCUACUAUGGGGACCCCCCAGAGGAGCUCCAUGACUUCACAGAUGACCCCACCUCGUCAGGACUGCUAGCUGCUGAAAGGGCAGUGUCACAGGUUUUAGACAGUCUGGAGGAGAUCCAUGCACUGACAGACUGCAGUGAGAAAGACAUGGACUUUCUGCACAGCGUUUUCCAGGAUCAGCAUCUCCACACUCUGCUAGAUCUUUAUGACAAAAUCAAUACGAGGUCAUCUCCUCAGAUCAGGAAUCCUCCAAGUGAUGGAGUUCAGAGAGCUAAAGAGGUGCUGGACACCAUUGCCUGUUACCCAGAGAACAUGGAGGCCAAAGAGCUCAGGAGGAUCCUCACACAGCCUCAUUUCAUGGCUCUACUGCAGACCCACGAUGUUGUGGCCCAUGAAGUCUACAGCGAUGAGGCCUUGAGGGUGACACCCCCACCUACUUCACCCUACCUUAACGGAGAUUCCCCAGAUAGCACCAGCGGGGACAUGGACCUGGAAAAUGUCACCAGGGUUCGCCUGGUCCAGUUUCAGAAGAACACAGAUGAGCCUAUGGGCAUCACUCUAAAAAUGAAUGAGCUUAACCAUUGUAUUGUGGCACGCAUCAUGCACGGUGGCAUGAUUCAUCGACAAGGGACUCUGCAUGUCGGAGAUGAGAUCAGGGAGAUUAAUGGCAUCAGUGUGGCCAAUCAGACGGUAGAGCAGCUGCAAAAGAUGCUGAGGGAGAUGAGAGGAAGUAUCACCUUCAAGAUUGUGCCCAGUUACAGGUCCCAGUCCAUGUCCUGUGAGAAAGAGUCUCCGGAUGUUUCCAGAGAGUCUCCUGCCAACGGACACGCCAGUGUUACCAGCUCCAUCCUGGACCUGCCAUCGACAAUUCAGCCUAAAGGCCGUCAGAUCUCCAGAUCUACUAUCAAGGACAAAUUGUCCAUCAAGAUCUAUGUCCGAGCACAGUUUGAGUAUGACCCUGCCAAGGACGACCUCAUACCGUGCAAGGAAGCAGGCAUUCGCUUCCAGGUGGGGGACAUAAUUCAGAUCAUCUCCAAAGACGACCACAACUGGUGGCAGGGGAAGCUGGAAAACACCAAGAAUGGCACAGCCGGUCUCAUCCCAUCACCUGAGCUGCAGGAGUGGCGCGUUGCCUGCAUUGCAAUGGAGAAGACCAAGCAGGAGCAGCAGGCAAGUUGCACCUGGUUUGGCAAAAAGAAGAAACAGUACAAAGACAAAUACCUGGCCAAGCACAACGCAGUUUUUGACCAACUAGACCUGGUGACCUAUGAGGAGGUGGUCAGGGUGCCGUCAUUCAAGAGAAAAACACUGGUUUUGCUCGGUGCUCACGGCGUUGGCAGGAGGCACAUCAAGAACACGCUCAUCACCAAACAUCCAGAUCGGUUCGCAUACCCCAUCCCCCACACAACACGACCCCCCAAGAAGGAUGAGGAGAAUGGAAAGAACUACUAUUUUGUGUCACAUGACCAGAUGAUGCAGGACAUCAGUAAUAAUGAUUACCUGGAGUAUGGCAGCCACGAGGACGCCAUGUAUGGCACCAGACUGGAGACCAUCAGACAGAUCCAUACACAAGGAAUGAUCUCUAUCCUGGAUGUGGAACCACAGGCUCUGAAGAUCCUGAGGACAGCUGAGUUUGCUCCGUACGUCGUUUUUAUCGGAGCCCCUACCAUCACCCCUAGCCUGACUGAGGAUGACUCUCUCCAGCGGCUUCAGAAGGAGUCUGAGAUGCUACAGCGAACCUACACCCACUACUUCGACCAAACCAUCAUAAACAACGAGAUUGACGACACCAUCCGCCUGCUGGAGGAAGCUGUGGACCUGGUGUCCACCACCCCGCAGUGGGUGCCUGUCUCCUGGGUGUACUGACACACACUCCACAGUGGCCACUCCGUCCACAACAACAACAACAACAACAACAACCCUCAACGGUCAUCUGUGAUCCAACAUGGAUGCUAACCUUUUGUUCAGACAUCGCCCCUGUCUUACCCUCUAACACAUCAGAACCACACACAUCUGUAGAUGAACUGGUGGAUAUAGAGGGAAGUGAAGAAUUGAAAUCUUUGUCCCGCCCCCUGUCCUCAUCUUCUUAUUUCCUCUACAGCCUAAAAGGCAUAUCAAUGUGUACAUAUAUAUACAUACCUAUAAAUAUAUAUAUAUUAUAUAUAUAUAUAUAAAUAUAAAUGAUGGAAGAAAAGUGAUAAGGUUCUGUCCACUUGUUAGUUAAAGGCUCUGCAAUGGAGGAACAGUGUGGUAGACAUUUUUUUGUACUUUUCUUUUUGUUUUUCUAAAAGGUAAUAAUGAAGGCAAUAGUGAGCAUGACUAUAAAUCAGUCUACGUGGGUGCCUGUGUGUGAGGGUGGGAACGUGUGCUGACCUCUUAAGGAACUUCAUGUGGUACUUAAAUGUUCCCUCUCUGUCCAAAAAAAAAAAGAGAAAAAAAACUCUCUUCUUCCGAUUUUGAAACUUUGAAGCACAUGGGAAGCUGCCACAGUGGCAACAAGUGACUUCCUCACGUUAGAGAGUCAGGAAAUUAAAAAGAAAAGAAAAAAAAGCACAGGAAACUUGGCAGUUUCUUACUUCCUCUCUCUCAGUCUCUCUCCUGACUCCUGAUUUUUUUCCCCCUCCCACGGUGUGUCCCUCCUGUGCCUGACAGUUUGUUUGAGGAGCUACAACGAAUCUUUCAAUCCUCUCCUCCUCAGCAUCGUUUCCCUACUUCCUGCUUGGAAAUCUCUGUUCUUUGUUUACAUCUCAUAUUUUUUGCACAACAAUGAAGAAGAAUGAAAAGCUUGAGAAAAGCACAGCGUCGAUAACAAAUGGCUCCUGACAUUAGGGGGAAAACACACAAAAGAAAAAAAUGUUCUGCAUCUGAAGUGAGUAGGAAACACCUAUGCACAGUCCUGUUUCUGCAGGGCCGCGAGUCACAACAGCCGCUUUCUUUCCCCCCCUCCUCAGAAAAAGGGCCAUAAAAAAAGUCAAGUGUUCCUGUGGUUGUGUUGGGAAGGAAAAGUGCAAAGAUUCCAAUCCUGCAGCCACGCUUCUGGAACUGUUUACUGUCGUCUCCGGAGAAAAAAAAAAUGAGGGAGAGAAAAUAAAACUCCAAUUUUGUGUAUUAAUGUUUCAGUGGUGCGUACGUCAUUCGAGUGAACUCAAACCAAGAGCCAGUGUAUAUUAUUAAUAUUAACCCUCGAAAAGAAGCUCAGUAUGUGACAUGACAUUUUCAUGCUUUACCAGACGUGGCACGCCACUCCCCGGUACGCAAGACACAUCAGUCAAAGCUUGAAUGAUUGUUUUAAAAAAGAAAAUAAAUACAAAAAAAAAAAGAAUAAAUAAAUGACAAACCGUGUAGUGCUUGUUGCUGCUGUUGUGCCACUUCAGGUAAAGUUGAUCAUUUGAAGUCCUGUGUAAAUGACCUCUGCAAAUGACUAAAGCAGCUCUUCUGUAUGAAAAUGUUGUUGUUUUUUGUUAUUUGGUUUUUAAAAAAAUAUAUUUCCUUUUAUGUGUUUAAAGUAAA